AUGUGGAAACGUGCAAAUACAAAAUAUCUGUUAAUAGCCGUGUGCACAAUUAUCAGCAUCCACUUAUUGCUAUCAUAUAUUCGUCCGGAGGGUGCUGGGUUUUCAAAAUCAACUUUAGAUUCUUUUUUUGAUAAUGAUGACGGGUUUCAGUCGUCUGAGGAGGAUCCAGCUGACAUUAAACAGUUACCGGUCGUCUCAACGAAAAAUAGCGCACAAAAACACACUAAACCAAAACCAAAGGUCAAGGCUGUGUUUGUCGUGUUAGUUCGUAAUAGUGACAUUCACUCAUUACGCGCGUCAAUGCGUCAAUUAGAAGACCGAUUUAACCAUAAAUAUAAUUAUCCGUAUUUGUUUUUGAAUGACGAGGCGUUUACGGACGAGUUUAAAAGACUUAGUAGCGCAAUGACAAAAGGAAAAACGGAAUAUGGAAUUAUACCUAAAGAGCAUUGGAGUGUUCCCGAUUGGAUCGAUUAUGACAAAGCAAAAGAAGAAAUGAAGAAAAUGGAAGAAGCAGAUAUUAUUUAUGGUGGAAGUGAAUCUUAUCGUCAUAUGUGCAGAUUCGAAUCAGGCUUUUUUUUCCGUCACCCAUUAUUGGAUAAAUAUGAUUAUUAUUGGCGUGUUGAACCUGGUGUCCAAUUUUUUUGCGAUAUCGACUACGAUCCAUUUAUGUAUAUGAAAGAAAAGAAAGUAAAGUAUGGCUUCACCAUAUCAUUGUAUGAAUACGAAGAUACUAUCAAAACUUUAUGGGAGACAGUAAAGGAAUUUAUGAAAAAAUAUCCAGAGUACAUCGAGGAAGACAAUGCUCUAGAUUUUAUUUCCAAUGAUCAGGGUGAAACAUACAAUUUAUGUCACUUUUGGUCAAAUUUCGAAAUUGGAGAUUUGAAUCUUUGGAGAAGCGAACGAUAUUUGAAGUUUUUCGAAUUUUUAGAUCAGAAGGGUGGAUUCUUUUACGAGCGUUGGGGUGACGCUCCAGUUCACUCUAUAGCAGCUGUGCUGUUUCUAAAAAAGAGUGAAAUUCAUUUCUUCAACGAGAUCGGAUAUAAACACGAACCUUUUAUGCAUUGUCCCGUCGAAAAGAAUUUGCUACUUAAAUGCCAUUGUAAUCCACAAGAUAAUUUCGAUUUGCAGGGAUACAGUUGCACCGGAAGAUGGCUUCAAAUAAAUCAGCAACCAAUAUCAAAUUAG